AUGCUCUCCAAGACACUGCUGCUCGUCGCUACCGUCGCCAGCGCCGUGACCGAAGCCGCACCAACGACGUCUAAUAAGCCGCCACUGCGCUUCACCGCCGACGGCACAUUUCACAUUUCAGUUUUCAAUGACAUGCAUUUCGGAGAAAACUCGGCCGGCCAGGGCCCGUUGUGGGACGGCAAGACCUCGCAGCUCAUGGGCAACAUCAUGGACGCCGAGCGGCCGCAGCUCGUCGUCCUCAACGGCGACCUCAUCUCCGGCGACCAGUACCAGCGCCCGGACAUCCUCGACCACGUCGACCGCAUCGUCAAGCCCAUCGCCGCGCGCCGCCUCCCCUGGGCCUCCACCUACGGCAACCACGACUCCAACUACAACCUCUCGCGCGACAAGAUGUUCCAGCGCGAGAAGACGUACAACGGCUCCUACACCGAGCGCAUGGUCGACGGCGAAAACGCCGGCGUGACGAACUACUACCUGCCCGUCUACGCCGCCGACGGCUACACCUCGUCCGGCAACAGCACCGACUGCCUGCCGGAGCUGCUCCUGUGGUUCUUUGACAGCCGCGGCGGCACCUACUACCGCACCCACCACGGCCAGCCUGACUGGGUCGACGUCAGCGUCGUCGAGUGGUUCAACGCGACCAGCGGGCAGCUCGCCGCCGCGUACGGCCGCGUCGUCCCGUCCAUCGCCUUCGUGCACAUCCCCGUGCACGCCACCAAGGUGCUGCAGACGCAGGGACCCGGCGGCCACGUCGACCUCCGCCGGCACCCGGGCAUCAACGACGACAAGAUCAACGGCCAGAGCAGCAGCCACGGCGGCGGCGGCAACGUCACCGCCCACUCCGGCGGCCGCGGGGGGUACGGCGGAAACGACGUGCCGUUCAUGCAGGCGCUCGCCGCCGCCGACGGGCUCAUCGGGCUGUUCUACGGGCACGACCACGGCAACACCUGGUGCUACCGGUGGACCGGCCGCGUCGACGGGCUCGGCGUGGAGGUGCGCCGCGCGCCCGGCCUGCACAUGUGCUACGGCCAGCACGCGGGCUACGGCGGCUACGGGAACUGGAUCCGCGGCGGGCGGCAGGUCGUGGCGACGCGCGAGGGCGUGCGCGCCGGCACGCUGCGGACGCACACCCGCCUGGAGACGGGCGAGGUGGUUGGCGCGGUGACGCUCAACGGCACGUUCAACGAGGACGUGUACGCGGCGGUGCCGGAUACGAGGACGACGAUGCAGCUCGCGGGCAGCAAGGAGCAGCCGACGCGCGCGGCGAGCACGGGUGCGCGGACGGGGUCGCCGGCGGCGGCGGCGAUGGUAUUGGUCGCGGCGCUGACCUUGUCGGCCUUGCUGUGCUGA